GUGGAGUCAGGAUGGCUCUGGGCAGACACCUCUCCUUCCAGGGACUCUGUGUCCUCCUCCUUGGCACUGUGGUGGGUGGUCAAGCCCUUGAGGUGAGGCUGAAGGAUGGAGCUCACAGCUGUGAGGGGAGAGUGGAAGUGAAGCACCAAGGAGAAUGGGGCACAGUGGAUGAUCUGAACUGGAGCAUGGAAGAGGCAGCUGUGGUGUGCAGACAGCUGGGAUGUGGAGGUGCCACUGAUGCUCCCAAGGGGGCUCAUUUUGGACUAGGGAUUGGCCCUAUAUGGUUUCGUUAUAUUUAUUGCAAAGGUCCAGAGUCAGCUAUCACGGAGUGUAGUUAUCCUUCUGUUAAAGAUCAUCGCCCUGAGGGCAAUUCCCAUGACAAGGAUGCAGGAGCAGUCUGCUCAGCUCUGGAGAUGAGGCUGAUCAAUGGAGACCACAGCUGUGAGGGGAGAGUGGAAGUGAAGCACCAAGGAAAAUGGGGCACAGUGAAUGAUCUGAACUGGAGCAUGGAGGAGGCACAUGUGGUGUGCAGACAGCUGAGGUGUGGAGCUGCUGUUGAUGCUCCCAAAGGGUCUAAAUUUGGACCAGGAAUUGGGCCCGUUUGGUUUCGUUAUAUUUACUGCAAAGGGCAGGAGUCAGUUAUCACCGAGUGCAGUUAUCCUCCUCUUAAAGACCAUCGUACUGAGGGCUAUUCCCAUAACAAGGAUGCUGGAGCAAUCUGCUCAGCUCGGGAGGUGCGGUUGAAGGAUGGAGCCCACAGCUGUGAGGGGAGAGUGGAAGUGAAGCACUACGGAAAAUGGGGCACAGUGAAUGAUCAGAAUUGGAGCUUGGAGGCAGCAGCUGUGGCGUGCAGAGAACUGGAGUGUGGAGCUGCCAUUAAUGCUUCCAGAGGGGCUCAUUUUGGACCAGGGAUUGGCCCCAUUUGGUUCCAGUAUAUUUACUGCAACGGGACAGAAUCUUCUCUCAUGGAGUGUAGUUAUCCUCCUCUUAAAAACUACCUUUCUGAGGGCCUAUCCCAUGACGGGGAUGCUGGAGCAGUCUGCUCAGCUCUGGAGGUGAGGCUGAAGGAUGGAGCCCACCGCUGUGAGGGGAGAGUGGAAGUGAAGCACCAAGGAGAAUGGGGCACAGUGAAUGAUCACAACUGGAGCUUGGAGGAGGCACACGUGGUGUGCAGACAGCUGGGGUGUGGAGCUGCCAUUGAUGCUCCUGGAGGGGCUUAUUUUGGACCAGGGAUUGGCCCCAUUUGGUUUCAUUCUACUAACUGCAAAGGGACAGAGUCAGUGCUCACAGUGUGCAGUUAUCCUUCUCUUAAAGACUAUCGUCCUGAGGGCCUUUCCCAUGACCAGGAUGCUGGAGCAGUCUGCUCAGAUCUGGAGCUGAGGCUGAUGGAUGGAGACCACCCCUGUGAGGGGAGAGUGGAAGUAAAGCACCAAGGAGCAUGGGGCACAGUGAAUGAUUACAAUUGGAACAUGGAGGAGGCACGUGUGGUGUGCAGAGAGUUGAGGUGUGGAACUGCAGUUGAUGCUCCCAAAGGGUCUAAAUUUGGACCAGGAAUUGGACCCAUUUGGUUUCACUAUAUUUACUGCAAAGGGCAGGAGUCAGCUAUCACCGAGUGUAGUUAUCCUGUUGUUAUGGACCAUCAUCCCGAGGGCCAUUCCCACAACAAGGAUGCUGGAGCAGUCUGCUCAGCUCUGGAGGUGAGGCUGAAGGAUGGAGCCCACCACUGUGAGGGGAGAGUGGAAGUGAAGCACCAAGGAGAGUGGGGCACAGUGAAUGAUCAGAACUGGAGCAUGGAGGAGGCACAGGUGGUGUGCAGACAGCUGAAGUGUGGAGCUGCCACUGAUGCUCCCAGAGGGGCUUAUUUGGGAUCAGGGACUGGCCCCAUUUGGUUUCAGUAUAUUUACUGCAAUGGGACAGAGUCACUGCCCACUCAGUGUAGUUAUCCUCCUCUUAAAGACCAUCGUCCUGAGGGCCUUUCCCAUGACGGGGAUGCUGGAGCAGUGUGCUCAGCUCUGGAGGUGAGGCUGAAGGAUGGAGCCCACAGCUGUGAGGGAAGAGUGGAAGUGAAGCACCAAGGGAAAUGGGGCACAGUGAAUGAUCUGAAUUGGAACUUGGAGGAAGCAACUGUGGUGUGCAGACAACUGGGGUGUGGAGCUGCCAUUAAUGCUUCCAGAGGGGCUCAUUUUGGACCAGGAAUUGGCCCCAUUUGGUUUCAGUAUACUUAUUGCAAAGGGACAGAGUCAGUGCUCACAGACUGCACUUAUCCUGUUCUUAAAGACUAUUGUCCUGAGGGCCUUUCCCAUGACCAGGAUGCUGGAGCAGUCUGCUCAGCUCUGGAGGUGAGGCUGAAGGAUGGAGCCCACAGGUGUGAGGGGAGAGUAGAAGUGAAGCACCAAGGAGAAUGGGGCACAGUGAAUGAUCACAACUGGAGUAUGGAGGAGGCACAGGUGGUGUGCAGACAGCUGGGAUGUGGAGCUGCUGUUGAUGCUCCCAAAGGGGCUAAAUUUGGACCAGGAAUUGGACCCAUUUGGUUUCAUUAUAUUUACUGCAAAGGGCCAGAGUCAGCUAUCACCAAGUGUAGUUAUCCUCCUGUGAAAGACCAUCGUCCAGAGGGCCAUUCCCAUGACAAGGAUGCUGGAGCAGUCUGCUCAGCUCUGGAACUGAGACUGAAGGAUGGAGCCCACCGCUGUGAGGGGAGAGUGGAAGUGAAGCACCAAGGAGAAUGGGGCACAGUGAAUGAUCUAAAUUGGAGCUUGGAGGAAGCAUCUGUGGUGUGCAGACAGCUGGGGUGUGGAACUGCUGUUGAUGCUCCCAAAGGGGCUAAAUUUGGACCAGGAAUUGGACCCAUAUGGUUUCAUUAUAUUUACUGCAAAGGGCCAGAGUCAGCUAUCACUGAGUGUAGUUACCCUACUGUGAAAGACCAUCGUCCAGAGGGCCAUUCCCAUGACAAGGAUGCUGGAGCAGUCUGCUCAGGAUUUGUUCGUCUGGUUGAAGGGGAUGGACCCUGCUUAGGGCAAGUAGAAGUACAUUCUGGAGAAGACUGGACCCCUUUGUCUGAUGGGAACUUUGUACUCCCCACUGCCCACGUCAUCUGUGCAGAGCUGGGAUGCGGCACAGCUGGGUCUGUGCUGGGACACGUGCCCUUCAGAGAGUCCGAUGGCCGGGUCUGGGCUGAAGAGUUCAGGUGUAAAGGGGAGGAGCCUAAGCUCCAGUUCUGCCCCAGGAUGCCCUGUCCAGGGGGCACCUGUCACCACAGUGGAGCUGCUCAGCUUGUCUGUUCAGCAUACUCAGAAGUCCAGCUCAUAACAAAUGGCACCUCUCAGUGUGAGGGGCAAGUGAAGAUGAACAUUUCUGGACGAUGGAGAGCGCUCUGUGCCUCCCACUGGAGUCUGGCCAACGCUAAUGUUGUCUGUCGUCAACUUGGCUGUGGUGUUGCCAUCUCCACCCCCAGAGGACCACACUUGGUGGAAGGAAGUGAUCAGAUCGCAACAGUCCGAUUUCACUGCUUGGGGGCAGAGGCCUUCCUGUGGAGUUGCCCUGUGACUGUCCUGGGUGGUCCUGACUGUUCCCAUGGCAGCACAGCCUCUGUGAUCUGCUCAGGAAACCAGACCCAGGUGCUGCCCCAGUGCAAUGACUCCAUGUCUGAACCAGCAGGCUCUGCAGCUUCAGAGGAGAGCGCCCCCUACUGCUCAGACAGCAGACAGCUCCGCCUGGUGGACGGGGGCGGUCCCUGCGCCGGGAGAGUGGAGAUCCUUGACCAGGGCUCCUGGGGCACCAUCUGUGAUGACGGCUGGGACCUGGACGAGGCCCGCGUGGUGUGCAGGCAGCUGGGCUGUGGAGAAGCCCUCAAUGCCACGAGGUCUGCUCACUUUGGGGCGGGAUCAGGACCCAUCUGGCUGGACGACCUGAACUGUGCUGGAAAUGAGUCCCACGUGUGGAGGUGCCCUUCCCGGGGCUGGGGACGGCACGACUGCAGACACAAGCAGGACGCGGGGGUCAUCUGCUCAGAGUUCCUGGCCCUCAGGAUGGUGAGUGAAGACCAGCAGUGUGCUGGGUGGCUGGAAGUUUUCUACAACGGGACCUGGGGUAGUGUCUGCCGCAGCCCCAUGGAAGACAUCACCGUGUCCGUGAUCUGCAGACAGCUUGGCUGUGGGGACAGUGGAAGUCUCAACUCUUCUGUUGCUCUUAGGGAAGGUUCUAGACCCAAGUGGGUAGAUGGAAUCCAGUGCCAGAAAACUGAUACCUCUCUCUGGCAGUGUCCUUCUGACCCUUGGAAUUACACUUCAUGCUCUCCAAAGGAAGAAGUCUAUAUCUCGUGUGCAGGAAGAAGACCCAAGAGCUGUCCAGCUGCUGCCCCCUGCACAGACAGAGAGAAGCUCCGGCUCAGGGGAGGAGACAGCGAGUGCUCAGGGCGGGUGGAGGUCUGGCACAGCGGCUCCUGGGGCACCGUGUGCGAUGACUCCUGGAGCCUGGCAGAGGCCGAGGUGGUGUGUCAGCAGCUGGGCUGUGGCCCGGCCGUGGAAGCCGUGCGGGCCGCGGCGUUUGGCCCUGGAAACGGGAGCAUCUGGCUGGACGAGGUGCGGUGCGGGGGCCGGGAGUCCUCCCUGUGGGACUGUGCUGCGGAUCCCUGGGGGCAGAGCGACUGCAAGCACGAGGAGGAUGCUGGUGUGAGGUGCUCUGGUGAUAUCUCUGACCUGCUGGGGGAUCUCUCAGCCUUAUCUUGCUAUGAAGAUGCUCUUCCUGAAGCUGUGUAUGAGGACCUAGAUCACCGUGUGAUACAGAAAGAGGGUCUUCUGGGCAGCCCAGGCGGGUCCCCAGAUCAGAGGACUGAUGCCCGUGGUGAGGAUUACGAUGAUGCUGAAGAGGUACCAUUGCCUGGGGCUCCUUCUGCCUCUCAGGGGAGUGAGGAGGAAGUGCCCCCAGAGAAGGUGGAUACAACGAGGUCCUCUCAGACAGGUUCUUCUCUGAAUAUCUCUAAAGAGGCGACUGAUCCUGGGGAAGAAGAGAGCCCCUGGUUUCUCCAGGGGGAGGAAGUGGACACUGAGUACGAUGAUGUUGAAUUAAGUGCCUUGGAAACAUCCAUAGUUACUUUCACAUGAUGUUGUAUUAAAUACGAGAUGAUGUCUCAGAUAUUCUAAUUGCCCAUAUUUCAAUAGAGUAGUGCUGACCUAUCACUGUAUUGUAUGGAAAUUGCUCAUAAUGAAAUAUUCUCAAUAAAGUAACUUUUUGCUUUGUU